GGUAGCCGGAUGGUCCCGGAAGCUGUACUUAGGCGCGCGCUCCUAAACAAGACUGUGGGACUGAGGCCCUGAUUCUGUGAUCUGACAGCAGCCGACCUGAUCCCCCACACUCAGUAAAGGCCUACGGGCUCUGACGCUUCGGUCCAGUUCGACAGUCUCAUCCCUAACAUGGGUAAAUAGCGCCUCCACAGGUCCCUUCAGUGAAUGCGCCUACUCCAGCCGCUCCUCCUCACCUGGGGAGCGCUGAACACGCCCCCAGCCAGCAUCCCCAGCUCUGCAGCUGGGUGGCACCAAGGCGAAGCCUACCUCGUUCUGGGUUCCCUCUCCCAGCGCCAGGCGCUGUUCAUCCUCUUGCUAAGGAGAGACGACCGUCCCGAGACCCUUCAGGUUUCCAACGCAGCUCCUUCACAAGUCGCGCUCCUUGUGUAUCCUUUCAAGACAGAGUCUGCAAGCCGGGCUCGGUGGCGCUGCCUGUCAUCCCAGCACUCCGCAGACAGAGGCAAGAGGAUCUCGAGUUCGAGGACAGCUAGGCUAGGCUGCCAAGAUCUCUACCCAGGGGAGCUGGAAUCAGACUGGAACUCUGACUGGAACCCUGAGCAAGCUUUGCCGGGGGGGCAAAGAGAAUGUCUGCAUUGUUACAUCAGAGAUGAGCCUUCAGAAGACUUAGGCCAAGUGGCAUGUCUCACUGCAAAUGAGCAUGCCUGUCUCUGAGCUGUCUCUUCAUCACAAACUAAUGAAGCACACUUUAGGUCUUAUGGACAAAGGUUCCACUCUUCUCCAGGUGCCCUGGCAGCUGGUACAGGGACUGUGAACAAUGGAACCAAACUCUCAGAGAACUAAAGUCCCAGCUUUCUUAUCUGACUUGGGGAAGGCCACAUUGAGGGGAAUCAGGAAGUGUCCCCGAUGUGGUACGUACAAUGGAACCCGUGGGUUGAGCUGUAAGAACAAGACAUGCGGAACCAUAUUUCGCUAUGGUGCCCGGAAGCAGCCUAGUAUUGAAGCUGUCAAAAUCAUCACAGGCUCUGAUCUACAGGUCUACUCUGUGCGGCAAAGAGACCGGGGCCCUGACUACCGAUGCUUUGUGGAACUAGGUGUUUCAGAGACGACAAUCCAGACAGUGGAUGGGACAAUCAUCACUCAGCUGAGCUCUGGCCGGUGUUAUGUCCCCUCGUGUUUGAAAGCUGCCACUCAAGGCAUGGUGGAAAACCAGUGUCAGCACAUCAAGCUAGCAGUUAACUGCCAGGCAGAGGCUACCCCUCUGACUCUGAAGAGUUCAGUCCUGAAUGCUAUGCAGGCCCCCCCAGAAACCAAACAGACCAUCUGGCAGUUGGCCACAGAACCUACGGGUCCCCUGGUACAGAGAGUCACUAAAAACAUCAUGGUAGUAAAAUGCAAGGCAAGCCAAAAGCACAGCUUGGGCUACUUGCACACGUCCUUCACGCAGAAAAUCAGCUCCAGAAGCCUGCCAGAGCGCCGCUUCUUCUGCUCCUGCCAGACUCUGAAGUCACACAAGUCCAGCGUCCCCAAGGCUGAGGCAGCCCCGAGGUGCAUCCACUUCUUUGCCUGCCUCUGUGCCUUUGCCAGUGAUGAAACAUUGGCUCAGGAAUUCUCGGACUUCCUAAAUCUUGAUGCCAGCGGUCUUAAAGAACUAAUUGUGCCCCAGUUAGGCUGCCACUCAGAAUCAUCUGUCUCAGCUUGUGAAUCUGCUGCCCCUAAGCCACGGAAGAGGAAGAAGGAGGAAGUGUCUGGUUCACAGGUGAACAACUCCCUGAUGCCUCAAGACGCAGUAAACAGCAGUGUAAGGAAGAGUGGCCUGAAAAAGCCCGUGGUUGCCGCUUCACUAAAAAGGCAGGUCUGUGGUCAGCUGUUAGAUGAGGCACAAGUGACCUUGUCCUUCCAAGACUGGCUGGCCAGUGUCACAGAGCGUAUCCAUCAAACCAUGCACUAUCAGUUUGACGGCAAACCAGAGCCCCUGGUGUUCCACAUUCCUCAGUCCUUUUUUGAUGCCUUGCAACAGAGAAUAUCCAUAGGAAGUGCAAAAAAGCGGCUCCCCAACUCCACCACAGGUGCGGAGUCUCCCUGGGAAGACCAGUGGCAAUUUUUUGACACCCCAGAGAUGCCCCUGGAAAUCACACGGAGCUUUAUCCAGAACCGGGAUGGGACUUACGAGCUGUUUAAAUGCCCUAAAGUGGAGGUAGAGAGCAUAGCAGAAACCUAUGGCCGAAUAGAGAAGCAGCCAGUGCUGAGACCUUUGGAGCUGAAAACCUUCCUCAAAGUUGGUAACACUUCCCCAGAUCAAAAGGAGCCAACACCCUUUAUUAUUGAGUGGAUCCCGGACAUACUCCCACAAUCCAAGAUUGGUGAGCUUCGAAUCAAGUUUGAGUAUGGUCACCACCGGAAUGGACAUGUGGCUGACUACCCAGACCCAAGGCCACCCCUGGACCAGCCUUUGGAGCUGGCCCCUCUGACCACUAUCACUUUCCCUUGAGGCAAAUCGAGUUCUUUUGCGGAGUUUGCACAUCCCCACCCCUGACCACUGUAAAUUCUAGUAGCACUUAAUGUGGCCCCUGCUAAUAAACUGCACUUAGCUAAGGUGCAGUUGCUCAGAGCAUCCAUGUGGGUUCUGUAGAAGGAACUCUUGUACAUAGCCUUGUUGGCACUGCUGUGUACAGUCUUAUUAUAAACUUAUAGGCACUUAUUUCUGACCAAGUCCAGGUCAUUGGCGUUCUCAUGGAGUCACCUGCAGCUCGCCGAUUUUCUGUAAUUCUCUAAGAAGUCGGCAGCUCUGGAACUUAGCCAACAGUGUGAAAAAGAUAACGAUGCCCUGGGCAGAGCAGAAUGCAAAGGAUCUGCCUGAGAGCUCCAAUACUCUAUCCUGAUAGCAAAUAAAAUAGUGUCACUAGUUUUUCCAAA